ACCGCUUUCCACACAGAAACACGAAUCCCAAAAUAACUUAUCUUCAUCCUCGUAAAAAAAACAAUGUUAAAAAUAAACAUAGACAUGAAAUCCCUCAUUCUUACAUUCCUCUUCUUCUAUCUCCACUCAAUCCCAGCCCUCAGCUCCGCCGGAUACGACUCCAGCACCACCGCAUCAAAUGCCACAGGAUUCAUCCGUACAAGCUGUUCCGCCACCUUAUACCCCGACCUUUGUUACGCUUCCCUCUCCGGCUACGCCAAUGCCAUCCAACAAGACCCAGCUCGUCUAGCACGUACUGCCAUUGGCGUCAGCCUCUCCAGGGCUCUUCACAUGGCGGCUUUCGUCUCUAACCUCUCCCGCGAAGCAUACUGCGGCGCCGACACACGAGCCAGCUCCGCCUUGCAUGACUGCUUCUCCAACAUGGGUGACGCAGUGGAUGAAAUCCGGGGCUCCUUGAACCAAAUGCGGAAGCUGGUGGCUCCCGGUUCAGAGUCUUUCAGGUUCCAAAUGGGGAAUGUCCAGACGUGGAUGAGCGCGGCCUUGACGGACGAGGAGACGUGUACGGACGGGUUCGAGGAUGUGGGCGACGGGCCGAUGAAGGAGGCGGUGUGCGAGAGGGCGGCGAACGUGAAGAAGUUUACGAGCAAUGCGUUGGCACUGGCUAAUAGCUAUGCGGAAAAGGGUACGAAUUAGUUGUUUAAUACAAGG